CAGAAAAAUUGUUCAAACUUGACGUGAAACUUUGUUUGUGAGAUAAUUUGUGCUAUUUAAUCCGCGAUUUGGUUUUUCGUGAUCGUAAUCGGACAGUUUCGAUUAGUGUUUGCCUUUUGUGAUCCGACAUUUAAUUCGGUACAGCGAAGAUGAAAUGUCAAGUGAGGAAAUGUGGCAGGAGCAAGAAAUCUCACCCCAACAUAUCAUUUCACCGAUUCCCGGUUGAUUUAUUGCUGCAAGCUCAGUGGAUCGAUUUUUGCAAUGUGGGGGACGACUGGAUACUAUCUGAAGCAAUGCGAAUAUGCAGCGUAUGUAGAAUACAUAGAGUAAGCGUUAAUCCGCCAAUGAAAUGUGCCAACAUUGAUUUCUUACAGGUGCAUUUUGAGGAAAGUGCUUUUGUACACGAUGGAAAUAAUAAUAGGUUGAGAAAAACGGAUGCCGUACCAACUGUGUCUGCAUUUUUAAUAGACAUCGAUCGGGAUUCGGAUGGCGAUGACAAUUAUCCUAUCAGUCUUUCGACGUCCUUGCCGUUAUACUCCUGCCCAUCGCUGGUGGACCAUUCAUAUGCAAAUUUGAAAUGUGCCAUGCAAGUCGCUAAUCAAGGCAGUAGUACAACUGAAGGUUCAAUCGAAUUGAUUGGUAGUGAAGGUGAACCGAUUAGUCUCGUCCACAAAACCAAAAGAGUCAGGAAGCGAUCGAUCAGUAACAGAUAUGCGAAGAAUUGGAAAGGACUUGCAAUCAAGUGGAAGAAAGAAGCGUUGUCAUGGAAAGCCAAGUUUCGUGCUUUGGAGGAAGCAGUUGAUACCGAAGAAGUACUAAAAGGGAAAUUUCGACCGGAUCAGAUCUCCAAAGUAACAGGGAAGGUGAAACAGGUGAAAGAGUGGUCUAAUGAAACCAUUACGGAAGGAUUACGGAUGCGGUUUGCUUGCGGGGCUGGAUACGAACAGUUGCUUAAACUGCCGUAUGUAGCACUACCUAGUGUCCGUACGUUAGUGCGAAGGAUUCAAGAAAUACAUUUUGACAGCGGAUUUCUACAUGAAGUAUUGGACAUCCUGAAGUUGAAGGUAGCUAUGAUGAGCUCGAAAGAACUUGAUUGUGGCAUUGUUUUAGACGAAAUGAGUCUAGAUGAGGCGAAUAAAUUCUGUCCAAACAAUCAGAAGCAUUUCGGAAUGACUACAAUGCCACCCAGUGAUAAGCUUGCGACGCAUGGUCUUGUUUUCAUGAUUGUUGGCAUGCAUUCAAGGUGGAAACAAGUGAUCUCUUAUGAAUUUGUAGGGAAUACAAUUCCAGGCAGCUUGUUGAAGGAAGCUGUAGACAGGAUUAUUAUCAACGUUGAAUCGUUCGGCCUAAAAGUUCGAUUCGUUACUUCUGAUUGCGGAUCAAGUAACAAGGCCAUGUGGCAAAGUUAUGGAUUAAGCACUAAGAAAGAAACCGCACUGAACAACUGGACUACAGUGCAUCCUGUUGAUAAAGAUCGCUUUUUGGAAUUUAUCCCGGAUCCUGUACACCUUUUUAAAAGCAUCGUCAAUGGUUUUAUAUCAAAUCAGUUUUUUAAAGUUCCAUCAUGGUAUACUGAUCGACGGCGCCAGUGGUUGUAUGGUUAGCGUAACAGCCUCACAAUCCGAUCGGCCUGGGUUCAAUCCCAGCUGGCGUCGUUGGGAUUUUCUGAGGCGAAAAAUCUCUGGUUACGUCUUCCUUCGGAGCGGAAGUAAAAGAAGUUGGCCCGGCUCAUGAGUUGUUGAGUCUGAUAGGUAGGAACAGGUGGAGUCGCCUCCCUGAUGUCGGUGAUUGGCACUAAAGUGGCGGAAAUAGGCCGACGAAAAAUAAGCGAAGAUAAAAAAAAAAAAUGGUAUACUGAUUUAAGAAAUCUUUCCUCCAAUAUCGUAUCAAGGGAACAUUUACGUGUUUUAGUCACAGAAGAGGCCGACCAGGCAACAAAAAUGGUUUAUCGGUUGAAGCCUGAGAAAGUUGACUUCGAAUUGCUCAAAAUCUCAAAUGUUGAUAAGAUGAAGGUUAGCAAUUCGACCAAAUAUUGUAACCAUACUGUUGCAGCAGCUAUGCAUAUAAUCGCGGAUCAGUCAGAGAAUGUUGAACUCAAAACGACUGCAGCUUUCCUGGAGGAUUUGUCAAGAUGGUAUGACCUAACAACGUCCAGAUCAACAGAUACAUUUCUGAAUCCGAGCAACAAAGUUAAAUAUGCAGCAGAUAUUUAUCAUCUUAAUAUGAUGAUUAAACUUGUAACCGGUUUGAAGGUAAUUCAGUUAAAAUAAUAAUAAUAACUAAAGGCAUACUGACGUUGACGUAUGACUGUUACAUGUUACCUUCCAUAAAAAAA